CAAAAUGGCAGAAAUUGUAGAAGAGUAUGAAGAAUUUGAGGAGGAGGAGGAGGAGGAGGUCGUAGAGGAGAUCAUGACGACUCACACUGAGCACAGGACUCAGUUCCUUCAGUCUGGCUUGCCCACCAGGAAAGUUAGGAAGAAGGUGAAGGUUGAUACUUCCAAGUUUAUGACUCCAUACCUGGCCCACAGCCAGAAGAUGCUGGAGCAGUUCAGCCAUAAUAAGUACCGCCAGGCUUACGACUUGUCCAGAGGGACGCCUCCUGCCAUUACAACUGAAACACCCGAAAUAAUCCGCAUCAGGAAGGCCCAGGAGCAACUUAGUGAGGUUAAAUACCGCAUGGAGGGAAACAAGGUCCGAACUACAAGCUUAUAUGAUGGCGAAGCAAGAGAGGUUGCUCACGUCAAGCGUGUGUCAGAUCUGAUCAGCAAGGUCCUGUACAGACAGAAGUGGGAUGAGACUAAGGACAGGUACCUGCUUCCUCCUGAUGCUCCUGAGCUGGUCCUGGCUGUAAAGAAUGCUGCUAACUAUAGCAAAAAACUUUACACAGAAGCCUGGGAUGAAGACAAGACCAUGUACUACCCUUACAGUGAUAGCCCUGAGCUGCGCAGGGUGGCCAAGGCUCAGGAGGUCCUCAGUGAUAUUAUCUAUAAGAAGGGUCAUGAUGAGCGCAAAGCCAAGUACACAUCCUUGCCUGAUCCUCCUGAAGUGGAGCUGGCCAAGAAAGUGGCCCAUCAGCGCAGUGAUCUUAAAUACAAGGAAGAUUACAAUAAAAAUGUGAAGGGUCAGUGGUGUGAAACACCCUACUUUGAUGUCGCCAUCGCCAGGAUGGCAAUGGAUAACCUCAGCGAUAGAAAAUACACUCAACUUUAUGAGGAUUCAAAAGACCAAAUUUAUUUCAUGCAAACGGACACACCCGUUUACAGCACAAACAAGAAGGCUCGUAUUGCUGCUAGUGAGGUCCAAUACAAGAAGGAAUAUGAGAAGUCAAAAGCGCAGUGUGACUACAACACACUCCCUGCCACAGAGAAUCCACUCCUGAGACAGCUCAGAUACGCUGGCACCAUCCUCAGUGAUAAAGUGUAUAAGGCCAGCUAUGAGAAAGCAAGGGGUUCCAGCAUCAACUACUGUGACACACCAAAGUUUCAGAUGGAUUCAGUCCUCAAACAGUUCACUGAUACACAUUACAAAAACAAGUAUGAGAAUGAGGUGAAGGGCCAUUACAUUGGCAGCUAUGAAGACCUCUAUAUGCUUCACUGCCAGAAAGUUGAGGAAAUGAAAAAUGAGCAAAUGUAUAAAGCAGAUUAUGAAGACAUAAAAACCAGAUGCUUCUUUCCUCAAACUAUGACACCUGAAUAUGAAGCAACGAAGAAGCUUCAGCAGUGUAAAGAUACAGUUUACCGGCACCAUCCAGACACUGUGAAAUUUACACAAGUUGUGGAUUCGCCAGUCCUCGUUCAAGCCCAAAUCAACGCCAAACAGCUAAGUGACUUAAACUACAAGGCAAAGUAUGAAGAAACAAAGUUCAAGUGCAGUCUGCCCCCAGACUACCCCUUCUUCAUCCAGUCCAGAGUUAACGCUUUUAACCUAAGUGACAAUUGUUAUAAGUAUGAUUGGGAGAAGUCUAAAGCGAAGAAGUUUGAGGUCAAGGGAGAUGCCAUAUCAAUCCUUGCUGCUCGUGCUCACACAAACAUUGCCAGUGAUGUCAGGUAUAAAAAGGAGUAUGAGAAGAACAAGGGGCAGAUGGUCGGAGCCCUCAGCAUUAAUGACGAUCCCAAGAUCUUGCACUCUGUUCACGUGGCAAAAAUCCAAAGCGAUCGUGAAUAUAAGAAGGACUAUGAAAAAAUAAAGACCAAGUACCAUACACCACUGGAUAUGGUUUCAGUCACACUAGCCAAGAAAUCCCAGGCAAUUGCCAGUAUGGCUGGGUACAGAAAGAUCAACCCCAACUACUUCCUUCCUUAUGACAGUGUGCUGCUGGAUCUGGCCAAGAAAGCCAAUAUCAUCCAGAGUGAUAAUGAGUACAAGGCUGACUACAACGCCAACACUAAAGGUACUCCAUGGGUCCCCUUUGGCUCCAUAGAGGUAGAAAAGGCAAAGAAAGCCGGUGAGAUCCUUAAUGAGAAAAAAUACAGACAGAACCCAGACACAAUCCGCUUUACAUCUAUUGAUGACCACCCCGUUAUGCUGCAGGCCAAAGUCAAUCAGCUUCAGAGAAGUGAUCGGUUCUAUAAGAGAGGUCUUGAGGAGAUCCAUCAGAAGUACUCUCUGCCUCCUGAUGUUCCUGAGCUGCUCCAGGCCAGGUGCAAUGCCUACAAUGUCAGCCAGAACUACUACAAGCUUGCCUGGCAUGAGAUCAUUGCUAAAGGUUAUGACCUGAAGCCUGAUGCUAUCUCUGUUCUUGCUGCUAAAGCAGCCAGACAUGCUGCCAGUGAUGUCCAAUACAAAAAGGCCUAUGAAAAGGCUAAAGGUCACCACGUUGGCUUCCGCAGCCUCCAGGACGAUCCUCUGCUGGUUCACUACAUGGCAGUGGCCAAAAUCCAGAGUGACAAGCUCUACAAGAAGGACUACCACAAGGCCAAGCUGAAGUAUCACUCUCCAGUGGACAUGUUGAGCUUGGUUCAGGCUAAACAUGCUACAAAAGUGCAGACCUUUGCUGGCUACAAGCAGCAUCACCAUAAUUACUGUCUUCUGCCUGACGCUAUGAAUCUAGCACUUGCUCGCUCAAUGAACUACAAUUCCAGUGAUUACAACUACAAACUGGAUUAUGAGACCGGAGUAAAGGGAAUUGGCUGGGUCCCAAUUGGUUCCCUGGAUGUGGAAAAAGCCAAGACGGCAGCAAAGGCCCUUGAUGAGAAAAACUAUCGGCAGCACCCCUCCACGAUCAAAUUUACCAGUGUCACUGACUCCAUGAACAUGGAGCUGGCCAAGGCCAAUGCCAAGAUAAUGAAUGCGAAAGAAUAUAAAGCCAGUGGAGAGAAAUUCAUGCACACUUACCAUCUUCCACCCGAUGCCCCUGAACUGAUGCAAGCCAGGUAUAAUGCUGUCAACAUCAGCCAGAAUUACUACACCCACUCUCAUCGUCAAGAUUUGCUAAAAGGACAUCACGUGAAAGAAGAUGCAAUUCCCAUUAUUGCUGCAAAAUCUUCAAGAGACAUUGCCAGUAAUUACAAGUAUAAGCUGGCAUAUGAAAAGGCGAAGGGCCACCACGUUGGCUUCCGCAGCCUUAAGGAUGAUCCUCUGUUGGUACACUACAUGGAAGUGGCUAAGAUGCAAAGUGACAAAAACUACAAGAAGGACUACCAUAAGGCCAAGCUGAAGUAUCACACCCCAGUAGACAUGAUGAGUGUCGUACAUGCUAAGCAUGCAUCUACCGUGCAGACUAUGACUGGAUACAGAAAGAUCCCCCACAGCUUCUUCCUUCUUCCGGACAACAUGCACCUGCAGCUGUGUCGCGGCAUGAUGACCAUUCAGAGUGAUAAUGUCUACAAAUCAGAUUACAACAACUACUGCAAAGGUUUAGGAUGGGUUCCCAUUGGUUCUGUGGAUGUUGAAAAAGCCAAAACUGCCAAAAAUGCAUUAGAUGAAAGGGGCUAUCGCCAGCAUCCCAGUACUUUCAAAUAUACAAGCAAGACUGAUGCCAUGAACAUGGUCCUGGCUAUGGCCAACACAAAGAAUAUGAACCAAACUGCUUACAAAGCGUCUGGUGAGAAAUUCAUGCACACUUAUAAUCUACCAGCUGACAGUCCAGAGUUCCUCCAGGCUAAAUUCAAUGCUCAGACCAUGAGUGAGAGUCACUACAAGCACAAAUGGCUGGAAGACAUUGCCAAGGGAUAUGAUAUGAAGCCGGAUGCUAUUUCUAUUCUGCAUGCAAAACAAGGCAGACAUAUUGCCAGCAAUGUCCAGUAUAAGAAAGACUAUGAGAAGGCCAAGGGCCACCAUGUUGGUUUCCGCAGCCUCCAAGAUGAUCCUUUGUUGGUUCACUACAUGGAAGUGGCAAAGAUACAGAGCGACAAGCUCUACAAAAAGGACUACCAUAAGGCCAAGCUGAAGUAUCACACCCCAGUAGACAUGAUGAGUGUAGUUCAUGCUAAGCAUGCAUCUACCGUGCAGACUAUGACUGGAUACAGGAAGAUCCCCCACAGCUUCUUCCUUCUUCCGGACAGCAUGCACCUGCAGCUGUGUCGAAACAUGAAUUUCCAGUCAAGUGAUGUGAAUUACAAAUCUGAUUGGAACAACUUUGUCCGAGGAAUCGGUUGGGUACCUAUUGGCUCAAUUGGGGUUGAAACAGCUAAAGUUGGUGGUGACAUUCAGAGUGAGAAGAAGUAUCGCACUCAUCCAUCAACAUUUAAGUUUAGCAAAUUGAUGGACUCCAUGGACCUGGUUCUGGCUACUGCCAAUAACAAGAUCAUGAACAAGCAAGCAUACACUUCAGCUUGGGAAAAGGACAAAUUGACGGUCCAUGUCAUGCCAGAUGCUCCUGAGAUUGUGUUGGCCAAGGCAAAUGCACUUAACAUGAGCAAUAAACUUUACAAAGCUGGUGUUGUGGAGAUGGCUAAUAAGGGCUACCACCUCAAAGCAGAUGCCAUCCCAAUUCUGGCUGCAAAGUCUGGUACCACUAUUGCUAGUAAUUACAAGUACAAACUGGCAUAUGAGAAGGCAAGAGGCCACCAUGUUGGCUUCCGCAGCCUCCAGGAUGAUCCUCUGCUGGUUCACUACAUGGAGAUCGCCAAACUGCAGAGUGACAAGCUCUACAAAAAGGACUACAACAAAUCCAAGCUGAAGUAUCACUCCCCAGUGGAUAUGAUGAGUGUAGUCCAUGCCAAGAAGGCCUCUGUUGCUCAAACUAUGGCUGGAUACAGACAGAUCCAGCACACUAAUUCUCUCCUCCCUGAUGCCAUGAACCUACAGCUUGCACGCACCAUGAACAUGCAGUCUAGUGACUGGAACUACAAGUCUGAAUGGAAUAACUAUAUUAGAGGCAUUGGAUGGGUCCCUAUUGGUUCACUUUCAGUUGAGACUGCUAAAGUUGGUGGUCAGAUUCUGAGUGAACACAAAUAUCGCACUCAUCCAUCCAAUUUCAAGUUCAGGAAACUGAUGGACUCCAUGGACGUGGCGCUGGCUACUGCGAACAACCAGAUCAUGAACAAGAAAGCAUACACUGCAGCAUGGGAAAAAGACAAACUGACCGUCCAUGUGAUGCCAGAUGCUCCUGAGAUUGUCCUUGCUAAGGCUAAUGCCCUCAACAUGAGCAAUAAACUUUACAAAGCAGGUGUUGUGGAGAUGGCCAAUAAGGGCUACAACCUUAAACCAGAUGCCAUCUCUAUUCUGGCUGCAAAGUCCGGUACCACUAUUGCCAGUAACUACAAGUACAAACUGGCAUAUGAGAAGGCAAGAGGCCACCAUGUUGGCUUCCGUAGCAUCCAGGAUGAUCCACUGCUGGUUCACUACAUGGAGAUCGCCAAAAUGCAGAGUGACAAGCUCUACAAGAAGGACUACAACAAAUCCAAGCUGAAGUAUCACUCCCCAGUGGACAUGAUGAGUGUAGUCCAUGCCAAGAAGGCCUCUGCUGCUCAAACUAUGACUGGAUACAAGAAGAUUAUCUCUCACUACACUGUACUUCCAGAUGCCAUGAACCUAGAGCUGGCUCGUAACAUGCAGUUCAUCGCCAGUGAUAACCAGUACAAGAAGGAGUAUGACAGCUACAUUAAAGGAAUUGGUUGGGUUCCUAUUGGUUCGCUGGAUGUAGAGAAAGCAAAAACAGCAGGAAAUGCUCUCAACGAGAAACUGUACCGUCAGCCUCCCAGCAACUUGAAAUUCACCAAGGACAUGCAGUCUAUGGACCUGACUCUAGCCACUGCCAACAAUCGCAUUAUGGAUAAGCAAUCCUACACCAAAGCCUGGGAUAAAGACAAGACUUCAAUCCAUAUCAUGCCAGAUGCAAUGGACAUUGUUCUGGCAAGAGAUAACAAGAAAAACUACAGUGAGAAACUCUAUAAAUUGGAUAAUGAGCUCUCAAAGAAGAAGGGUCAUAAUCUUCGUGCUGAUGCCAUUCAAAUUCAGGCAGCUAAAGCCUCCACAGUUAUUGCUAGUGAUUUCAAGUACAAGACAGGAUACCGUAAGCAGGUCGGACACCACAUCGGGGCCCGCAGCAUCCAGGACGACCCUCUGCUCAUGCUGGCUCUGAACUCAGCCAGGAUUGCCAGUGAUGCUCUGUACAAGAAGGACUUCAACAAGUCCAAGACCAAGUUCCACCUGCCAGUGGACAUGCUGGCUUUUGAACUGGCCAAGAAGAACCAGAUCCAAGUCAACCACGCCAACUACAUCACUCGCCUGCACAACUGGACUUGCCUGCCUGACUCCAAUGAUGUGGUCCAGGCCAGGCAUGCCUACAACUUGCAGAGUGAUGCUGUGUACAAGGAGGAUCUGAAGAUGUUGCAGGGUGUUGGAUGGGUACCAAUAGGUUCACUGGAUGUUGAGAAGGCAAAGAAAGCCGGCGAAGCCCUGAGUGAGAAAAAAUAUCGUCAGCACCCAAGCAACUACAGCUUCAAAAUGACUACUGAGGACAUGCCGAUGGUGCUGGCUAAGGCCAAUGCUCAGGUUAUGAACAAGUCAGCUUACAUACAAGCCUGGGAGAAAGACAAGACCACCAUCCAUGUCAUGCCUGAUGCUAUGGAUGUUGUCCUGGCCAAAGCAAACAAAAUCAUCUACAGUGAGAGCAAGUACAAGCAGGCAUAUGAAGAGGCCAAGAAGAAGGGAUAUGACCUACGAAAUGAUGCAAUUUCCAUUAUUGCAGCAAAGGCCUCCAGGAAUAUUGCCAGUGAUUACAAGUACAAGACAGGAUACCGUAAGCAGGUCGGUCACCACAUUGGGGCCCGCAGCAUCCAGGACGACCCUCUGCUCAUGCUGGCUCUGAACUCAGCCAGGAUUGCCAGUGAUGCUCUGUACAAGAAGGACUUCAACAAGUCCAAGACCAAGUUCAACCUUCCAGUGGAUAUGCUGGCCUUUGAGCUGGCCAAGAAGAACCAGAUCCAAGUCAACCACGCCAACUACAUCACUCGCCUGCACAACUGGACUUGUUUGCCCGACUCCAAUGAUGUGGUCCAGGCCAGGCAUGCCUACAACUUGCAGAGUGAUGCUGUGUACAAGGAGGAUCUGAAGAUGUUGCAGGGUGUUGGAUGGGUACCAAUAGGUUCACUGGAUGUUGAAAAGGCAAAGAAAGCUGGCGAAGCCCUGAGUGAGAAAAAAUAUCGCCAGCACCCAAGCAACUACAAAUUCAAGAUAACUACUGAGGACAUGCCGAUGGUGCUGGCUAAGGCUAAUGCUCAGGUUAUGAACAAGUCAGCUUACAUACAAGCCUGGGAGAAAGACAAGACCACCAUCCAUGUCAUGCCUGAUGCUAUGGAUGUUGUCCUGGCCAAAGCAAACAAAAUCAUCUACAGUGAGAGCAAGUACAAGCAGGCAUAUGAAGAGGCCAAGAAGAAGGGAUAUGACCUACGAAAUGAUGCAAUUUCCAUUAUUGCAGCAAAGGCCACCAGGGAUAUUGCCAGUGAUUACAAGUACAAGACAGGAUACCGCAAGCAGGUCGGUCACCACAUUGGGGCCCGCAGCAUCCAGGACGACCCUCUGCUCAUGCUGGCUCUGAACUCAGCCAGGAUUGCCAGUGAUGCUCUGUACAAGAAGGACUUCAACAAGUCCAAGACCAAGUUCAACCUUCCAGUGGACAUGCUGGCCUUUGAACUGGCCAAGAAGAACCAGAUCCAAGUCAACCACGCCAACUACAUCACUCGCCUGCACAACUGGACUUGCCUGCCCGACUCCAAUGAUGUGGUCCAGGCCAGAAAGGCUUAUGACCUGCAGAGUGAUGCUGUGUACAAGGAGGAUCUGAAGAUGUUGCAGGGUGUUGGAUGGGUACCAAUAGGUUCACUGGAUGUUGAGAAGGCAAAGAAAGCCGGCGAAGCCCUGAGUGAGAAAAAGUAUCGUCAGCACCCAAGCAACUACAAAUUCAAGAUAACUACUGAGGACAUGCCGAUGGUGCUUUCUAAGGCUAAUGCUCAGGUUAUGAACAAGAAAGCUUACAUUGAUGCCUGGGAGAAUGAAAAGACAAAGAUCCACGUCAUGCCCGAUGCCAUGGACGUACUUCUCGCCAAGGCAAACAGUGUCAUCUACAGCGAGAAAAAGUACAAACAGGCGAAUGAAGAUGCAAAGAAGAAGGGAUAUGAUCUUCGCAAUGAUGCAGUUUCCAUCAUUGCUGCCAGAGCAUCCAGGGACAUUGCCAGUGAUUACAAGUACAAGACAGGAUACCGUAAGCAGGUCGGUCACCACAUCGGGGCCCGCAGCAUCCAGGACGACCCUCUGCUCAUGCUGGCUCUGAACUCAGCCAGGAUUGCCAGUGAUGCUCUGUACAAGAAGGAUUUCAACAAGUCCAAGACCAAGUUCAACCUGCCAGUGGACAUGCUGGCCUUUGAACUGGCCAAGAAGAACCAGAUUCAGGUCAACCACGCCAACUACAUCACUCGCCUGCACAACUGGACUUGUCUGCCCGACUCCAAUGACGUGGUCCAGGCCAGAAAGGCUUAUGACCUGCAGAGUGAUGCCAUCUACAAAGCUGACCUGAAGUGGCUCCAAGGUUUGGGCUGGGUCCCCAUUGGCUCGCUUGAUGUAGAGAAAGCCAAGAAGGCUGCAGAAGCUUUGAGUGAAAGAAAGUACCGUCAGCACCCAAGCAACUAUAGUUUCAAAAUGACUACUGAGGACAUGCCCUUAGUGUUGGCUAAGGCCAAUGCUCAGGUUAUGAACAAGCGCCUCUACAUUGAAGCAUGGGAGAAGGACAAGACCAAGCUGCAUAUCCAACCUGACACCCCAGAAAUUAUCCUUGCUCAACAAAAUGCUGUCACAAUGAGCAAGAAACUAUACAGACAAGGUUUUGAGGACACUAUCAAGAAAGGCUACUUCUUGCCUGUGGAAGCAAUUUCUGUCAAGUCUGCUAAAGCCUCCAGAGACAUCAUCAGUGACUACAAGUACAAGACAGGAUACCGCAAGCAGAUUGGUCACCACAUCGGUGCCCGCAGCGUCCAGGACGACCCUCUGCUCAUGCUGGCUCUGAACUCAGCCAAGAUUGCCAGUGAUGCUCUGUACAAGAAGGACUUCAACAAGUCCAAGACCAAGUUCAACCUUCCAGUGGACAUGCUGAAUCUUGAACUGGCCAAGAAAUGCCAGAUUCAGGUCAAUGAUUUCAAUUACAGAACUCACCUUCACAACUGGACCUGCCUCCCAGAUUCCAAUGAUGUGGUCCAGGCCAGGAAAGCCUACGACCUUCAGAGUGAUGCUGUAUACAAAGCUGACUUAUCUGAGGUUGUUGGUGUUGGGUGGAUCCCCAUCGGUUCACUGGAUGUCCUGAAGGCCAAAAAUGCUGCAAAAAUUCUCAGUGAGCAUCUGUACAGGCAGAAACCAGACACACUGAAAUACAAAACGGACAUGACUGCCAUGCCCAUAGUCUUAGCCAAAACAAAUGCUGAGAUCAUGAAUAAGAAAAAUUACAUUGCUGCAUGGGAGGCUGACAAAAUUAAGACCCAUGUGACCCCUGAUCUUCCUGAGUUGUUGCUCUCCAAAGCUAAUGCUUACAACAUCAGCCAGAAACUAUACAGGGAAGAUGUUGAGAAGAUGUUCAGAAAGGGCUACAACCUCAAGCCUGAUGCUGUCGCUGUUAUUGCUGCCAAACAUGGACGGGAAAUUAUCAGUGAUUACAAGUACAAGACAGGAUACCGUAAGCAGGUUGGUCACCACAUCGGUGCUCUCAGCGUCCAGGACGACCCCCUGAUCGUGCUGGCCCUGAACUCAGGAAAGAUUGCCAGUGAUGUUCUGUACAAGAAGGACUUCAACAAGUCCAAGACCAAGUUCCACCUUCCAGUGGACAUGCUGAAUCUUGAACUGGCCAAGAAAUGCCAGAUUCAGGUCAAUGAUUUCAAUUACAGAACUCACCUUCACAACUGGACCUGCCUCCCAGAUUCCAAUGAUGUGGUCCAGGCCAGAAAGGCUUAUGACCUGCAGAGUGAUGCUGUGUACAAGGCCGACAUGGAAUGGAUUAAAGGAACAGGAUGGGUCCCAAUUGGUUCAGUUGAUGUGGAGAAAGCCAAGAAAGCAGCAGAGAUUCUAAGCGAAAGGAAGUACCGCCAGCCUCCCAGCAACUUUAAGUUCACCGCCCAGACAGUCGACAUGCCGUAUGCUCUCGCUCAAGCCAAUGCCCAGAUUAUGAACAAGAAAGCAUAUGUUGCUGCCUGGGAAAGUGAUAAGACCAACCUUCACGUCAUGCCUGACACUCCAGAGAUCGUCCUGGCCAAGCAGAACAAACUCAACACCAGUCUGAAAUAUUAUCGUGAAGGUUAUAUGGACACCAUCAACAAGGGCUACUUCCUUCCCAAAGAUGCUAUUUCUGUUUUAGCAGCCAAGACAUCCCGCAACAUCAUCAGUGAUUACAAAUACAAGGCUGGUUUCCGCAAGCAGUGCGGCCAUCAUAUCGGUGCCCUCAGUGUGAAAGACGACCCACUCAUUUUGCUCGCCGCUCAUGCAGCCAAGAUCUCCAGCGAAAAUAUCUAUAAAAAGGACUUCAACAAGUCUAAGACCAAGUUCCACCUUCCAGUGGACAUGCUGACCCUUGAACUGGCCAAGAAAUGCCAGAUUCAAGUGAAUGACUUCAAUUACAGAACCCACCUGCAUCAGUGGACAUGCCUACCAGACUCCAAUGAUGUGGUCCAGGCUAGAAAGGUCUACGACUUGCAGAGUGAUGCUGUUUACAGAGCUGAUUUGGAGUGGCUGAGGGGAUGCGGCUGGUCCCCCCAGGACUCUGUGGAUGUCAUCAAAGCUAGAAAUGCCCAGGCUAUCCUCAAUGAGAGGCGCUACCGCCAGCCCCCAAGCACAGUCAAGUUCACCAGUGUCGUCGACCUCCCGGCUAUCGUCUUAUCCAAGCAAAACGCUGACAACCUUAGCGAGAGGAAAUAUCGGGAAGUCUGGGAUAAAGACAAGACUUCCAUUCACAUACCACAUGAUGCCCCUGCCUUUGAACUGGCCAAAGCAAAUGCUGUCUCUAUCAGCAAUAAACUGUAUACAAAGACCUGGGAUGACCAGAAGUUUAAAGGCUACCACAUCAAGGAGGACGCCAUCUCUGUGUUGAAAGCUAAAGCUUCCAGAGAUAUUAUUAGUGAUUACAAGUACAAGACAGGAUACCGUAAGCAGGUCGGUCACCACAUCGGUGCUCUCAGCGUCCAGGACGACCCUCUGAUCGUGCUGGCCCUGAACUCAGGAAAGAUUGCCAGUGAUGUUCUGUACAAGAAGGACUUCAACAAGUCCAAGACCAAGUUCCACCUUCCAGUGGACAUGCUGAAUCUUGAACUGGCCAAGAAAUGCCAGAUUCAGGUCAAUGAUUUCAAUUACAGAACUCACCUUCACAACUGGACCUGCCUCCCAGAUUCCAAUGAUGUGGUCCAGGCCAGGAAAGCCUACGACCUUCAGAGUGAUGCUGUCUACAAAGCUGAUUUGGAGUGGUUGCGUGGCUGUGGAUGGAUGCCACAUGAGUCUGUGGGUGUUAUGAAGGUGAAGCAUGCACAGAAGGUCCUUGCUGAUAGAGGCUACCGUGUGAAGUUGGAUGAGCAGAAAUUCACAGUUCCUGCAGACAGAAUUGACAUGGUUCUUGCCAAGAAUGCUGCUGAGGUCCUAAAUGAGUAUAAAUAUCGUGAGGCUUGGCACCAGGACAAGACCAAGUAUUCGAUGAUGGACACUCCGACACUUGCCACAGCCAGAGAGGUGGCUAAAAACGUUCACCCGAAACUGUACACUGAAGCAUGGGACAAGGCAAAAGCCACAGGAUACUUCAUGCCUGGAGAUGCUGUACCAAUCAAACAGUGCAUCCAUACUACCAAAGUGCAAAGUCGACAUAAGUACCUGGAAGGAUACCGCAAGCAGGUCGGUCACCACAUCGGUGCUCUCAGCGUCCAGGACGACCCUCUGCUCAUGCUGGCUCUGAACUCAGCCAGGAUUGCCAGUGAUGCUCUGUACAAGAAGGACUUCAACAAGUCCAAGACCAAGUUCAACCUGCCAGUGGACAUGUUGCAGUUUGAACUGGCCAAGAAAUGCCAGAAGCAAGUGAAUGAUGACCUCUACAGAACUCGCCUGCACCAGUGGACUUGUCUGCCAGACCAGAAUGAUGUCAUCCAGGCCCGCAAAGUCUACGAUCUACAAAGCGAUCACGUGUACAGAGCUGAUCUGGAAUGGAUUCGCGGCUGUGGCUGGGUGGCAGCGGACUCUGUUGAUCACGUCAAAGUCAGGAAGGCGCAGGAAAUUCUCAAUGAUAGGCAUUACAAGAAGCAUGCCAUAGAACAAUUUGGAAAAUUCUCCCUGAUCGUGGACCGUCCUGAGAUCCUCUUGGCAAAAACAAAUGCUGCCAACCUUAGUGAUCUAAAAUACAAAGAGACUUUCAAUGCAGAAAAGGGUCAUUACAUCGGCUCAGAAGAUACUCCUCAGCUGGCCCAUAGCAGAGAGGUGGCUAAAAUCAUCAGCGAGAAAUUCUACAAAUUGAACUGGGAUGAGUCUAAGGCUACAAGCUACAAACUGGACCAUGAAUACAUCCCACUGCAGUCUGGCAAGAAGGGCAGGGUGAUUGCUAGUGAUGUCAAAUACAAAGAGUCCCAUGAGAAAGCAAAGGGUCACUACAUGGCUGGAACCCUGGUGGACUUCCCUGAGGUGAUGCGCUGUGGAGCGCAGGAGAAGAACAAGGGACUGAGGGUCUACCAGAAGAAUUACCAUCAAAUCAAGACCAAGAUCCAUUUGCCACCUGACAUCAUCGCUAACCAGGUUGCUAAGCGUUGCCAGGACAUGUUGAGCAAUGUCCUCUACCGCACAUACCUGCACCAGUGGACUUGCCACCCAGAACAGGAGGAUGCCAUUCGUGCCCGCAAGACCAAUGAGAUUCUCAGUGAUGUGUUCUACAAGGAUGAUCUGAACUGGAUGAAGGGUAUUGGUUGCUAUGUCUGGGACACACCAGAGAUAAUUCGUGCCAAGAAGUCCUAUGAGCUGCAAAGCGAUCUUAAAUACAGAGCUGAAGCCAAGAAAGACUUCAACAAUUACUCCAUCGUGACAGACACCCCAGAGUACGUAACCGCUGUCCUGGGUCACACCUGGGCCAGUGAGCUCAACUACAGAGAGGCAUAUCACAAAGAGAAGCACUUGUACACCACUGUUCUGGAUACCUACGAUUACGCAAGAUGCCACAACUUUAAAUACUUCUUCAGCAACAAAAACUACACAGCUGCCUGGGAAAAAAUCAAAGCGAAGGGCUACCAAAUUCCACAUGACUCCAAUGCUUUGCAACAUGCCAAAGUCCAAAAGGUUGUCCUCAGCCAUGUGAAGUACAAGGAGGAUUAUGAGAAGUACAAAACCCUUUACAGUCUGCCAAAGUCACUUGAAGAUGAUCCAGCCACCGCUCGUUGCGUCAAAGCCGGAAAGCUGGUCCUGGACCGUCUGUACAAGGAGAACUAUGAGAAGACCAAAGCUAAGAACCACAUUCCCCCAGACAUGUUGGAGAUCCUGUCUGCUCGCAAAACCCAGUCCACCGUCAGUGGGAUCAACUACCGCAAGUAUCUGCAUCAGUGGAUUUGCCUGCCUGACAUGCAGAUGUACGUCCAAGCGCGCAAAGUCAACGAGCAGCUCAGUGAUAUCUUCUACAAGGAUGAUAUGAACUGGCUGAAGGGAAUCGGCUGUUAUGCCUGGGACACUCCAGAGAUUCUCCGCGUCAAGCAUGCUGGUAACCUUCAGAGUGAGACCAAGUACAGAGCCAAAGGUAUUGAGGCAUUCAAGGAGUACUCUGUGGUGACGGAGACUCCAGUGUAUGAGACGGCAAAGCAGAACGCUCAAAACCUGAGUGAUCUCCACUACCGCUAUGAUUACAACACCAAUGUUAAAGGCACCAACAGCUCCCCAGCUGUUACCAUUGAAACAGAAAGAGCUCGCAUGGCUAACUACAUCCAGAGUGAUAACUGGUACAAGGAGGCCAACAAGAGCUUUAUGCCCACUGGUUACUCCCUGCCUAGCGACACCCCACUCAUCAAGCAGGUUAAGAUGAACAGCGUCAUCAGCAGUAAUGUGAAAUACAAGGAGGCCUACGAGAUGAUGAAGGCUAAGGCUUAUACUCUUCAUCCAGAGGGUGUCAACUUUGUCAGCGCAAGAAAGGCUAACAAGAUCAUCAAUGACCGUCUGUAUCGUGAGCUAUACCAGAAGCAGAAGGACAAGAUCCACACAACCUAUGACACUCCUGAUAUCAAACAAGUCAAGAUGAACCAGGAGCACCUCAGUGAUCUGUGCUACAAAGAGAAAUACUACAACAGCAGAGGCCAGCUGAUCUCCCUCCCCAUAACGCCUCAGCUCAUGCAUUGCUACCACGUCAAAGAGAUCACCAGCGAUCUGAGAUACAAAGAGGAUCUAAUGUGGCUGAGAGGCGUUGGCUGCUUCUUGUAUGACACCCCAGAGAUGGUCAACGUCCGCAAUAUCACCAAAUUCAGGACAAGCUAUCCAGUGGAAGCUAAGAAGAACCUCUCCAACUUCUCUGUGGUCCUGGAUACUCCAGAGUACCAGCGUGUGACUGAGCUGAAGAAACACAUGAGCAACAUGAUCUACAAAGCUCAGAGCAAGGAGGACAUGGCCAAGGUUACCUCCACUGCUGAUUCUUUGGACAUUCAGAGAGUCAAGUGGGCCCAGCAGCUGACUAACAAGUACAUCUACACAAGUCUGGCAGCCAAAGAGAGACCUCAUUUUACUGCAGAACGUGAAACUCCCGUCAUCCAACAUGCUAGGAGGAUGAAAACGGUCUUCAGCGAGAAUAAAUAUAAGGAUCAGUACGAGAAGAUGAAGCACAGGUACACGGCCAUUGCUGACACACCUAUCCUGAUCCGUGCCAAGAAAGCCUACCUGCAGUCCAGUGAUCUGCGUUACAAGGAAACCUUUGAGCGUUCCAAGGGCCACUACCACACAGACAAGGAUGCUCUGGACAUCAUCUGCCACCGCAGAGUCACUGAUGACAUCAGUGAGGUGAAAUACAGACAGAAGUACAUCGACUCUCUGGGUACGUGGAAGUCCAUACCCGACCGUCCUGAGUUCUUCUUCAGCAGAAUUGUUAAUGAUAACGUCAGCAACAUCAAGUACAAGGAGGAUCUGGAUUGGCUGAAGGGUAUUGGAUGCUAUGUGUGGGACACUCCUGACCUGGUGCAGGCUGAGAGGAACAAGGCUUUGUACAGUGAGAGACUUUACAAAGCUUCCUUUGAGAAGAACAGAGGAAACUUCAAAUACACUUGCGACACUCCAUUCUUCCAGGCUGCCAAGAACGCCUCCAUUCUCAUCAAUGAUAGGCACUACAGAGCUAAUUAUGAGAAGACCAGGGAUAGGUUCACCAUUACCACAGAUGACCCUAGAUACCAACUGGCCAGGGAGAACAGGAAGAUGAGCCAGAAUAUGUAUAAAUCCAGAGCAAAGGAUCUACUAAAGAGUGGCUGCAAUGAGCUGCUCCGCCCUGACAUCCUCACAGCCCUUUACCAGUCCAUUGCGGGCAGUAAGUGGAAGUACAGGGAGCAGUAUGAACGCGCCAAGGACAAGUUUACAUCCGUCCUGGAGACCCCUGAGUACGAGGCCCACAAACGCAGCAAGAAGAUCAGCGAUAUCAUCUACAAGAUGGAGUACAACAAAACCAAGGCAAAGGGAUACACCCUGCCUUAUGACACUCCAUACCAAAACCACAUGAAGAAGGUCAAGGAGAUCACCAGCACUCUGAAGUACAAAGAGGUGUACGAGAAGAGCAAGGCCCAGAUCAACAUGGACCCCGAGGCUCAUGACAUCCGUGCUGCAAAGGAAGCCUACAAGAACAUCAGCAAUCUUGAUUACAAGAAGAAGUAUGAAGCAACCAAGAACAAGUGGAUCUGGACAGCUGAUAGGCCUGACUUUGUCAAUGCUGCCAAAAACACCCUGCAACAGAGUGAUGUUGAGUACAAGUAUGACAAAGAGCAGCUAAAGGGCUGUGUGAUACCUAUAGCUGACGACAAGUACACCCUCCUCUACAAGAAGAAUGCUGAAAUUGCCAGUGAUGUGAAGUACAAAGAGAAAUAUGAAAAGGCAAAGGGCCACUAUGUGCCUGUUCUGGAUACUCCUCAAAUUCUCCAUGCCAAGGCUGUACGCACUCUGGUUUCAGAGAGCAAAUACAAGGAGGAAGGUAAGAAGAUCAUGCAGUCUGGCUCAUUCACCACCCUGCGUGAGACUCGCGACACUGCCCACAGCAAGGAGGUCAAAAAGCUUGUCAGCGAGAAAUUGUACAAAGCAAAGUUUGAGAAGGAAAAGGGCAAGUCUGUGUAUAACCACAUGAUUGUGCCACCUGAUGUUCAGCAUGCCAUGGAUGUGGCUAAGAAUCAGAGCAACGUUAACUACAAGAAAGAUGCCAAAGCCAACCUGCACUACACUUCUGUAGUCGACCGUCCCGACAUCAAAAAGGCCACCCAGGCUGCUAAACUAAUCAGUGAGAUUGGCUACCGUGAAAAGGCCCGUGAAGAGGCCAGCCGUGGAGGUUCUCUGGCCCACCGUCCAGACAUCGCUUUGGCAACUCAAGUGUCCCAGCUGACCAGCCAGGUGAAGUACAAGGAGAAGUUUGAUAAGGAGAUGAAAGGAAAGAAACCACAAUUUGACCUGAAGGAGAGCAAGAUUUACAAGACACUGAAGGAUGCCAAUGAUCUGGCCAGUGAGGUGAAGUACAAGGGUGACCUGAAGAAGAUCCACAAACCUGUGACCGAUAUGGCCGAGUCUCUGUCCAUGCAGCACAGUCUGAGCACCAGCAAACUGUCCAGUGACUACCGCUACAAGAAGAAAUUUGAGGAGAGUAAGGGUCACUACCACAUGAUUCCUGACACACCAGAACAGCUCCAUCUCAAGGAGGCCUCUGAACUUCAGAGUAACGUUAAAUACAAGGAGAAGUAUGAGAGGGAGAAGGGCAAACCCAUGCUGGACUUUGAGACACCCACAUAUGUGACUGCUAAGGAGGCCCAGCACAUGCAGAGCCAGAAAGACUAUAAGAAGGACUUUGAGGAGUACAUGAGGGGAAAGAACCUCUCAGGCUUGGAGGUCACCCCUGCCAUGAUUCAUGUCAGACACGCCACCAAAAUAGCCAGUGAGAGAGAGUACAGGAGGGAUCUAGAGGAGGGAGUGAAGGGUAAAGGGCUAACUUUACUGGAGGAAACUCCGGAGCUUUUGAGAGCAAAGAAUGCUACUCAAAUCCUGUGUGAGAGAGAGUAUAAGAAGGCACUGGAGCAGGAGAUCAAAGGCAAGGGAAUGUUGGCUUUGGCUACAGACACCCCAGACUUCAUGAGAGCCAGGAAUGCCACUGACAUCCUCAGUCAGACUAAGUACAAGCAGACCGCUGAGAUGGACAGAGCCAGCUACACGACUGUCAUCGACACCCCCGACAUCAUCCAUGCUCAGCAGAUGAGAAACAUUGUCAGCCAGAAAAAGUACAAAGAGGAGGCUGAGAAGACCAUGUCUCACUACGUGCCAGUCCUGGACACUCCAGAAAUGCAGAGAGUCCGUGAGAACCAGAGGAACUUCAGCACUCUUCAAUACCAGAUUGACCUAAAAAACAUAAAGGGCAAAGUGUCUACUGUAAAGGACACUCCUGAAAUGCUCCGCGUUAAAGAAAAUACAAAGAAUUUCAGCUCGAUUCAUUACAAAGAGGAUUUGGGUGGAGGAACUGCUUUGCCCGAGACCCCUGAGAUGGAGAGAGUUAAACGUAACCAGAAGAACAUUAGCACGAUUUGUUACAAAGAGGAUUUAGGUGGAGGAACUGCUUUGCCCGAGACCCCUGAGAUGGAGAGAGUUAAACGUAACCAGAAGAACAUUAGCACGAUACAGUACAAGGAAUCUUUGGGUCAAGGCACAGCCAUACCAGAUCUUCCUGAAGUGAAGAGGGUCCGAGAAACCCAGAAGAAUAUCAGUCUGCAUCAAUACAAAAAAGGAGUGGGACAAGGCACGUCAUUAUCAGAAACCCCAGAGAUGGAGAGAGUUAAACGCAAUCAGCAAAAUAUUAGCACGAUAAAGUACAAGGACUCUCUGGGUCGAGGCACAGCUAUACCGGAUCUCCCUGAGGUGAAGCGGGUCAAAGAAACUCAGAAGCACAUCAGCUCGGUGUUGUAUAAGGACAGUUCAGCCAAAGGAACUCCUGUGGUGUUUACUCCAGAGAUGGAGCGAGUCAAAAGGAACCAAGAAAACAUUAGCUCGGUGCUGUACUCUGACAGCUUCCGUAAGCAGGUCCAGGGCAAGGCCGCCUUUGUUCUGGACACACCUGAGAUGAGGCGUGUCAGGGAGACCCAGCGUAUCAUUUCUGGCGUGAGAUAUCAUGAGGACUUUGAGAAGAGUAAGGGUAGCUUCACUCCCACCACCUCUGACCCAGUGACUGAUCGCGUGAAGAAGAACACACAGGACUUCAGCGACAUCAGCUACCGUGGCAUCCAGAGACGCGUGGUGGAGAUGGAGAGGAGACGUGCCAUGGAGCAUGACCAGGAGACCAUCACUGAUCUGCGUGUGUGGCGCACCAACCCCGGCUCUGUGUUUGACUACGACCCUGCUGAGGACAACAUCCAGUCCAGAAGCCUGCACAUGAUGUCAGUGCAAGCCCAGCGUCGCAGCAAGGAACACUCCCGUUCCACCAGCGCCUUGAGUGGCAUGGCUGACGAGAAGUCAGAGGUAUCCCAGGAUGUUGACCACCACCUGUCCCUCUACAGCAACGGCUUCAUGGCGAACUCUAUGGGCUACCAGCAGACUAGGACUGUGGAGCUGCAGCAGAGGUCCUCAUCUGUGGCCACCCAGCAGACCACCGUAUCCUCCAUCCCUUCACACCCCUCUACCACCGGGAAAACUGUGCGUGCCAUGUACGACUACGCUGCGGCCGACAGCGAUGAGGUGUCCUUCAAAGACGGCGAUGUCAUCGUUAACGUGCAGGCCAUCGACGAGGGCUGGAUGUACGGCACUGUGCAGCGCACCGGCAAGACCGGCAUGCUGCCCGCCAACUACGUUGAAGCAAUUUAAAGACAGAGCCCGCCCAUUGUCCUUCCAGAGUGGGCGAGACACAUCCACAGGGCAAGAUGACUUCCUGGUCUUCCUGUGAUCACCACUGUGGCUUAGUGCAAUCUGUAGCUUUUAGUUUUCUUCCUGCCUGUUACUGUUUUAUUUGUGUUGAAGAUGUCGUUGGUUUGUCUGUUAUCAUUCAUACGCUGCUGCCCCACUACCUGUGGAUGUGACAUAAAAUAUUAUGACAUGACACAUAUAAAUACUUUUAACUACACACAACAUGCCUACCCUGAAUAACAGAUUGUUGAACCAUUUCAAGACGCUGUCGUAGAAAAGAACAACUUACUUAAAUACAACCUGACCCACUAUUUUGUACAUUUCAAAAAUUUGAUAACAUAAUUUAAUAUACUGUUUUUGUCCAAGAUGUACUAAGAGUAUUUUCUCCUAAUAACAAUGGGCUCGAUUAGUUCCAUUUAUGCCUCUAAUGGAGAGUAUAAUAAUUAAGAAAUAAGGAGUCAGUUACCAUCUGCCUUCUCCAUGAUUAAACCACUCCUGAAGAGUUGAAUAAGACAAGCUUCAGUCUUCCCUUCUUUAAGAUGAAGGCUGACCACUAGUAGAAUGUGUGUUUUGUUUCUUCAGAUUUAGGUCCUGGCAAAGGCUAGUCCUCUACCUUUAAUCAGUAGUUAAUAAAGCACACUAAGCUCCUGCA